AUGCAUGCUCAUCUGCUGCUGGCAAUUCCGCUCCUUUAUGUUGGGCUUCAAGUCCUUCUCAGGCUCAGCAGAGCCAUUUCUUCUCCGUUGAAAGGCAUACCCGGUCCGUCCUGGGCUCGCUUCACCUCUCUAUGGUACUUUAAUCGAGUUCGCAAAGGGAAAUUCGAACACGACAACAUCGAGCUCCACCAGAAGUUUGGCCCGGUCGUCCGUGUUUCCCCAGAUCAUUAUAGCAUCAGUGACAUCUCCGAUAUAAGAACAGUUUAUGGAACUGGCUCCAAAUUUCCUAAGUCUGCAUGGUAUGAUGGCUGGAGACAUCCUAAGUUGUGGACAGUAUUCGCAGAUCGCGACAUCAAGAGACAUUCUGAUAACCGAAAGCGUUUCACUGGGUUAUACUCCAUGAGCUCAGUGGUGAACUACGAGCCCUUUGUGAAUCGCUGCAUCGAUAUAUUUUUCCAACGGCUGGACGAGUUUGCGGAUCGAGAGCAGGUUUUCAAUCUUGGGCACUGGUUCCAGUGUUAUGCAUUCGACGUGAUUGGAGAUAUCAGUUUCGGUCAAAGAUUUGGAUUCUUGGACGAUGGCAAGGACAUCGACGGCGCCAUCAGCGCAGUACACCAGAUGUUGAUGUACAGCACCCUAGUCGGAAUCUACCCUGAAUGGCACCAACGUCUCUUUGAGGCCCUGAGCAAGUUUAAAAGCUCUGGUGCAGCUGGCAGAGCCUAUAUAGCCAAGUUCGUUCGAGACAAGAUCGACCAUCUGGAGCAAGAGCGCAACGGUGGGGAUAAACCGGCAACGGAAACAUCCAAGACCCCAGACUUUUUGACCAAAAUGAUGAAGGCUCGUGAUGAAAAUCCAGAGAAGGUGACUGACUAUCAUCUAUUUAUCAUGGGCCAGUCAAAUGUAGCGGCUGGAUCCGAUACCACGGCCGUCAGUCUAUCCGCUAUAAUGUGGUACCUCUUGAACAGUCCAGAGGUACUGCGCAAACUCCGUAAUGAGAUCCAUGAGUUUACCCAGCAGGGUCGCUGCAGUGUCAACAUUACCUUCAAUGAAACACAGGAGAUGCCGUACCUUCAGGCGGUCAUGAAGGAAGCUCUCCGCUUGCAUCCCGCCACCGGUCUACCCCUGUGGCGAGUGGUUCCUGCCGGUGGCGCACAACUGAGCGGUCGGUUUUUCCCAGCUGGGACAGUCGUUGGAAUAAAUUCCUGGGUUGCGCAUUAUGAUGAGCAAGUAUUUCCUGAUGCGAGGGCAUUCCGACCAGAGAGGUGGCUGGAAUCAGAAACAGAGCCGGAGAAGCUGAAGGAGAUGAACCAGAUGUAUAUGCCUUUUGGAUUGGGUUCGAGAACGUGUCUUGGAAAGCAUAUCUCCAUUCUGGAGAUGUCUAAAUUGAUUCCCCGUAUGGUACGCGACUAUGAUUUGACCCCAUUACGAGCAACUAUGGCCACGUCGAAUUUUUGGUUUGUGAAGCCAACAGAUUUUGAUGUGCGUGUUUCUCAGCGAGCUAAGGAGCCCAUCGCAUAA